AAAAGUUUUCAUGAACAACAACAGUCAGCAGCUGACUGGUCUGAUAAGAGGGGAGGUUUAAAAGUGAUUUAAGGGAAGAUGGUAUCAUAACUCGCCACGUUCUUUCGCCAACUGUGUGUCCUGAGUUUUCAAGAGAGAAAAUGGACAAUAUGCGUAAUUCUUUUGCUGCAUUACGAUACAUAUGCUUAUACCCGAGCUACAAAGGAGACGAACGCACACCUUUACUAAGAAAUAAUGUGCAGAGAUCAGAGCCAACUACAACCAAAGGAGCCACCUUCAUCUCCUCUGUGUUUAACCUGAUGAAUGCCAUCAUGGGCAGCGGCAUAUUGGGGCUAGCUUAUGCUAUGGCUAACACUGGAGUAUUGGGGUUUUGUAUCCUGUUGGUACUAGUGUCCAGUUUGUCAGCCUACUCUAUACAUCUCCUUCUGAAGCUAUGUGAGCAAACAGGUAUAAAUUCAUAUGAAGAAAUUGGGGAGAAAGCCCUGCAAAAACCAGGAAAGGUUCUUGUUGGAAUUUCCAUUAUCAUGCAAAAUAUUGGCGCCAUGUCCUCCUAUUUGUUCAUCCUGAAGUCAGAGCUUCCUGCAGCCAUUUACACCCUCGUGGAGCGAGAACAUACAGUAUACGACUGGUAUGAGGACGGCAGGCUCCUCCUGAUCCUCGUCACACUAUGUGUUGUACUACCGCUCUCGUUGUGCCCUAAAAUAAGCUUCCUGGGCUUCACCAGCAGCUUCUCCUUUUUCUUUAUGGUGUACUUUGCGAUCGUGGUUGUGAUCAAAAAGUGGUCCAUCCCUUGCCCACUGCCUUACAAUGUGACUACGCCUUCAGGUGGCUUUCAGAUAUCAAAUUCCUCCGACUCAGACUGCACACCCAAACUCUUUGUCAUCUCCAGUAAGAGCGCCUACACCAUCCCCACCAUGUCCUUCUCCUUCCUGUGCCACACGGCUAUCCUGCCAAUCUACUGCGAACUCAACCAGCCUUCUAAGGCCAGGAUGCAGAACGUUGCCAAUGUCAGCAUCGGCCUCAGCUCCGUGCUUUACCUGAUUUCCGCGCUGUUUGGCUACCUGACCUUCUACGCUCACGUGGACUCUGAGCUGUUGCUUGGCUACGAUGUGUAUUUGCCCCGGGACGUCAUGGUGAUCACGGUUCGGCUCGCCAUCCUGUUCGCUGUGAUGCUGUCUGUUCCCCUCAUUCAUUUCCCCGCUCGUAAGGCUGCCAUCUUGCUGCUUUUUGGAGGACGUCCGUUUUCCGUGCUCAUCCACAUCUUUACAACUGUAGUCAUCCUGGGUGUCGUUCUCCUGCUGGCCAUCUUUGUCCCUGAUAUCAGAAAUGUGUUUGGAGUAGUGGGAGCGACAACAUCAACCUGCCUGUUAUUUAUUUUCCCUGGCGUUUUCUACCUCAAGCUCAACGCGGGACCCCUCAAAUCCUUUGACUCCAUUGGGGCUAUACUUCUGGUGGUCUUUGGUUUCCUUAUGGGAAUCAUCAGCUUAUCCUUCAUUGUCAUCACAUGGGUACAGAGCUCAUAACCCCGUCUGGUCCGCCUGCCAGCGGGAAACGUGCCAAAGAAAUGGAUACAGAAAGGGAACCGACCACAUCGAGUCAAGCACGCGUUAUUUGUUUGUUUCUCUACUUUAUAAUUUACAAACAUGGACCACAUUUACAGUAACUUCUCUCAUACUUUUUCACAUUGUUUACACGCUGACUUUUGAAUUAUAUCCAAGUUUAAGUCAGACUUUUCUUUUUUUCUUCAGAGAACCAAAAUGUAGGUGAAGUUUAUUGUCAGAACUGUAUAUAUUAUUCAUAUUAAGCACCUCUUUCUGACAGCCUGUGUGUGGUGCUGUGAGGGAUACACACCAAUCUGUAGUAUCAAAAGAUGCUGUUGAUUAAGUUCAAUCCACGAAUUAUUCAGGUUUACUCUAACUUCUCUAAUUUAGUUUGAACAGUUUUAGAUGCACAAUCACAAAUGUUCACUGCCUGUUUUUAUUUGUAUCACUGAUUUGAUGUUUUACUUCAAGCUUGUUUAUAUAAUUGAAUGCAUUUACCUUUUACGUCUUAAUGAUUAAUUAAAUUCAUCGUAUUAAAUAAAUAAUGUUUUAUGUCAUAAGGU